AUGGCGGUGAAGCUGGAACCUGUGGCGGGGUGGGACCCCAAAACCGAGGGGGACCCCAGUGUCACUGAGCAGGAGCUGGACCCCGCAGCAACCGAGGGGGGCCCCUUGUCCCCGGAGCAGGACCCCCCAGCAGAAUGGGACCCCAAAAUAUCAAAGCAGGACCCCAAAAUGUUGAAAAAGGACCCCACGUUCCCCCCCACAGGACCCCGUGUCCCUCAGUGGGACCCCAGCGUGAUGAAGCAGGACCCCCCCAACUGUCCCCUAUUUCCCCUUGGUUUUUGGUGCCCCCCCCUUCUCCUUUGUGUGCGGGGGUCCCCCAUUUCUCCUGGGGUUUCAGGGUUCCCCCCCAUUUUGAUCCCUGUUCUCUCCCCCCUCUUGCAGGCAGGGAGUACUUUCAGCGAGGAGGAGAUGCGAGCGUGGGAACCUCUGCUCUACCAGCACUACAUCGGGCAAUAUUGGGGUGCCGAACCCCUCCCGGGGGACCCCCCCCGGUCACCCCCCACCCCUUGGGGACCACCCCAGGCCCCCAAUCGAAGGGGGGACUUCUCGCCGGACCCCUGGGUGCCCGAUGCGGCUGAACAGGCGCUGCAGGAGGAAUUCACCAGCCGCAUGUACCAGCGCUAGGAUGGGGCCUUUGACUACAGCCAGGUGGAUGAGAACCCCGACCUGGGCAACCUGGAUAUCAUCUUGCAGGACUCCGAGGAGUGAUACUUUGACAAGGAGGAACCCAGCGAUGCCCCCCAGCUUGAGCAGGGCCCCCCCCGCCCCUUAUUCCACUCCUCCUGA